UAUCUGGUGUGCAAAAGGAAGCUUGAGAGUAAAAAGGAGGCAUUGCUAAUCCUUUCCAAAGAGCUGGACACCUGUCAACAGGAAAGAGACCAGUACAAGCUUAUGGCCAACCAGCUGCGGGAACGGCACCAGUCUCUGAAAAAAAAGUAUCGGGAGCUGAUUGAUGGGGAUCCAUCACUUCCACCUGAAAAGAGGAAACAGGCGAAUCUUGCUCAGCUAUUGAGUGAGGCUCAAGAUCGAAAUAAGCAUCUUGGAGAAGAGAUUCAAGAGCUUCAACAGAGACUGGGAGAAGUCCAAGGAGACAAUAAGCUCCUUCGAAUGACCAUAGCAAAGCAAAGACUCGGAGAUGAUGAAGUUGGGGCUCGGCACUUUGCAGCACAUGAACGAGAGGACCUGGUUCAACAACUGGAGAAGGCUCGAGAACAAAUUGAGACUCUGAGAUAUGAUCUUCAGGCUGCCCUGGAUGAGUUACAGGAUGUGAAACAGGAACGCUCUUUUUACCAAGAUAAGUCUGACAGACUAAACCAAGAGCUGAAUCAUAUCUUAGGAGGGCAUGAAAACCGUAUCAUCGACGUAGAUGCUCUGUGUAUGGAGAACAGGUAUCUUCAAGAGAGAUUAAAACAACUUCAAGAGGAAGUCAACCUUCUUAAGUCUAGUAUUACUAAAUAUAAGAAUGCACUAGAGAGACGAAAAAAUUCAAAGACUCAUAGUAGAUCCAGUAGCAGUGCUCUGACUGGAGUCCUUUCUGCAAAGCAAG